CCGAGGAGGCAGGACUUCCUGGUGUGGGGGUUGUCAACAGCCCAGAAAGAGAAAGACAGAGACCGGGAGUGCUGAGGAGUGGAGAGAGAGACCCAGCGGUGCCACGCGGGAGGAGUCUUGGGAGACCCACCCGCCCAGACCCCUGAGGCGGCUGCCACCUGGACGAUCAGGGGGGCUGAGCCGCCCCCUCCCAAAUUAGUUUCGAGAUCCCUGGGGCUUCAGAGGUUGCGUCUGAGUUCCACCAACGAGAGGGGGGUUCCUUCUUUUCUGGAGAGCAAACUUUCCAUGGAGAUGCCUUGUGGGGUGAGGUGCGGCCCCUGAAGAGGACUGGACACCCUUCGAUUGCCGCUUGUGCUGCUGGGGCCAAGAGGCCCCAAGGAAAGGACAGUCCGACAUCUUAGGUGGCCCGGACGGACCCUCGGCCCAGCUUGGCGGCCAAGGCCAAGAGUUUGCAAACUCAGCUCUGGAGUUCAGCAGCGACAACAGCAGGAAAAACCUGCCCCUGCCCUCCCCUCCCGCCACCUCCCUUACCCUGUUCUCCCUUCAUCAACCAGGCACCCCCAGUUCCCACAAGGCCCUCCCGCCAUGUCGGACCCAGACGUCCCCAGGGGCCCAGAUGCCCCAGCCAUGUGGCCCCCCUGUUCCAGGGGCGCCUGAGCUCCUUUAAGGAGUCCAAGCUGCCCCCCACCCACCUCAGCCCAGCCCUGAGCCCCAGGGACCAUGAGUGGGGGCAAGAAGAAAAGUAGUUUCCAGAUCACCAGCGUCACCACGGACUACGAGGGCCCAGGGAGCCCAGGGGGUUCAGAUCCCCCCGCCUCACCGGCCCCUGCUGGACACCCACCCCGCCUACCCAACGGGGAGCCCAACCCUGAGGCUGGGGGCAAGGGCACCCCCCGGAAUGGCUCCCCGCCGCCUGGGGCCCCCGCCUCCCGUUUCCGGGUGGUGAAGCUGCCCCAGGGCCUGGGAGAGCCUUAUCGCCGAGGUCGCUGGACGUGUGUGGAUGUUUACGAGAGAGACCUGGAGACCCCCAGCUUUGGCCGACUCCUGGAGGGAAUUCGAGGGGCUUCAGGGGGCACUGGGGGUAGAUCUUUGGAUUCUAGGUUGGAGCUGGCCAGCUUGGGCCUUGGUGCUCCUACCCCACAGCCAGGCCUGUCUCAGGGCCCCACCUCCUGGCUCCGCCCGCCACCCACCUCCCCUGGACCUCAGGCCCGCUCCUUAACUGGGGGGCUGGGCCAGCUCGCGGUAUCCACCAAGACCAAGGUAGAGACACCCCCUCUGUCAGCCUCCCCACCCCAGCAGCGCCCCCCAGAGCCCGGGACCGGGGACAGCACGGGCCCAUCCAGGGCCGCCACACCCCAGCCCUCCCUGAGGGUGGAAGUGGAGUCUGGGGGCUCAGCGACAAGGACCCCUCCACUGUCCCGAACGAAGGAUGGAGCCCUGCGAAUGAGGAUGGAGUUGGUUGCUCCAGAGGAGAUGGGGCAGGUGCCCCCACUGGACUCUCGCCCGAGCUCCCCUGCCCUCUACUUCUUCCCCGAUGCCAGUCUGGCUCACAAGUCUCCAGACCCCUUUGGAGCAGCAGCAGCUCAGAGCCUCAGCCUGGCCCGCUCCAUGCUGGCUAUCAGUGGCCACCUGGACAGUGACGACGAUAGCGGCUCCGGAAGCCUGGUUGGCAUUGACAACAAGAUCGAACAAGCCAUGGACUUGGUGAAGUCCCACCUCAUGUUCGCAGUCCGGGAGGAGGUGGAGGUGCUGAAGGAGCAGAUCCGGGAACUGGCUGAGCGGAACGCUGCGCUGGAGCAGGAGAACGGACUGCUGCGUGCCCUGGCCAGCCCUGAGCAGCUCGCCCAAUUGCCCUCCUCGGGGGUCCCUCGGCUUGGGCCCCCCGCACCCAAUGGGCCCUCUAUCUGAGCCUCCCUUCCCUCACAAUGUGCCUUUGGGGGCUGCCACAGCUGCCAGGCCUUGUUCCAGCUGCCCCCCCUUCCUAUGCAGCUUUAAUGCUCCCUGAUCCCCGGGGAUGGGAGUUGGCCUAUCCCCUGACCCUCCCUAGAUCUCCCUAUAGCCCCCUGGGGCUGGGCUGGGGCACCCCCAGGCCUUGCUGGAAGAGGGCGGGCUUCAGGACUGGGUGUUACAAGUCCCCCCUCCAGGAAGGAUCCCAGCCACCCUUCCUUCCCUCGGUGUUCUGGGCCCAGCAGCAGAUGUUUUGAGGGUGCUGGAGGCUCCCUGGCAGAUCCUCCACCCCACCUCCUUCCCUCACAGUGCCCCCUCUCCUCAACCCAGGGGAGGGGGUAUGGACAGUAUCUGGAAGUUCUGGGAUUCAGGUUGUUAUUAAAAUAAUAAUUAUAAUUAAAAAAUCUGAAGAAACUUGAAUCUGGAGGUUGGCAUCUCCUUGCUUAUAUUGAGACUACUGCUACUGCGCCAGCAGUUUCCACUGUGGGAGACAGGCUUGUGGGCUCCCCUCUAGGUCUUGUCGAGAGACCGGAUUUUGGUGUGGUGGAAACUGAGUAGUCGAAAGAGAUGGAGGGGUGGCAGCUCGGGUCCUGGGAUGGGGCAAGCCAGGCA